UAUUGCCUAACCUACCUGGGUACCAGAUAGAUAAAACCGUCUGAAGAACAAGCUUUUUAGUGAACAUAUUUGAGAUAAAACGAUGGAAAAAGGUGGAUAUUCAAAUCCCAACCCACCACCUCCUCCGUAUUCCUCAGUUGGGCAAACAACAGUAGUUGUUGCACAACAACCUCUAGUGGCCGUGCAGUUGUUCCGGGAAGCUCCAGUGCGCACGCGCUGUCAAUACUGUAGUAGUGAAAUCCUCACAAGCACUGCAUAUGAAACAGGAACUGUCACUUGGUUGGCAUGCGCAAUUACAGCUUUUGUUGGAUGCUGGCUCGGUUGUUGCCUGAUUCCAUUUUGUAUUGAUGGAUGCAAAGAUGUGGUACAUUCCUGUCCUAACUGUCACCAAGUGAUUGCACGAUACAACCGGAUGUAGGCGUGAUUGUGCGAUACAACCAUCCGUAGACAUGAACGACUGGAGUUGAGAAACAUAAAAUCGGAAGCUAACCGUGCUAUCGGAAUCAAAUCAAAACAUUUGUACAUAAAUUUUGAUAUUGUGAACAAUGUAAUUGAUUAAUAUUAUCUCAUUGUGAUCUAAAAAACGCAGGAUUUUUAAUUGCACUCUGAUAACGAAAUACAUAAGCCUGUCAAUAUGUUGUAUAAAUCAUUGUACAUACGUGAUAUAUUUUUUAAUUGUGGCAUCAUGUUUUACUGUUGUUUUUAAUUAAACUGUUCUUUCUUGUUUUAAU